UCUAUUUCUUCUUCAAAUAGCCCAGAACAAGUAAAAAGAAGCUUGUAAUCUUAACACCCAGAAGCAUUAUUUAAUUUUGAUUAAAAUAGGUGUUUGAAUUUGUGCUAUUGUUUUGAUUAAGGUGAUGGGAUUGAAGAACAAGAAAUAAAUAAAUUAAAGCUGAUAUGUUUUCGGCGGUGUUAGCAGGAUUAAAUUGAGUCGCCAUUGUUGGAUUUGAGAGCUUGAGUCAUUUUGAAGACACUGUAAGGUUCCGGAGCUGCCAUUGAUGGAAUCAGCACCGUCGUUUAAAAGGGCUCGGCCGCGUGGGAGUGGAAACCAAGUACCUUCGUGCUCCGUCGAUGGUUGCACGGCAGACCUCAGCAAAUGCAGGGACUACCAUCGACGCCACAAAGUAUGCGAAAUCCAUUCCAAAACCCCUAAAGUUUCGAUUAGGGGUCAAGAGCAACGUUUUUGCCAGCAGUGCAGCAGGUUUCAUUCCUUAUCGGAGUUCGAUGAAGUGAAACGGAGCUGCCGGAAGCGUCUUGACGGUCACAACCGACGGCGGAGAAAGCCUCAACCCGAUGCGCUAUCAGUAAAUUCUAUAAGGUUUCUUCCAAAUCACCCUGCUACUAGAUAUGUACCAUUCAGUAGUCCCCAAAUGUUUUCCACUACAUCCAUGACCGAUUCUUCGACCGGAGUGAUACAAUUCGAAUCUGAUACAAGUUCGUCGUUAAACUUCGGCAGUCGAAAUAGCUCGAUCAUCGGAUCCACAUCUCUCAACUACAAUGGAGAAAAGCAAUUCUCAUUCUCACACCGUACUAAUUGGACACUCCCUGGAGUGUCUGUUUGUCAACCAUUUAUCAAUACCAAUCCUUCAUCAAGCAAUGUUGGUAGCAGCCGGAAAAUGUUCUCGAAUGCGCUAAAUCGAGCCUUCGAGUCCAACCGUGCUCUCUCUCUUCUGUCAUCGGAACCGGCUGAGACUCAGGAGAUUAGUUUGAGCCCCAUGGUGCAGUCAGGCACACCUCCACCCUUGAUCCCAAGCUUGCAAAUAAGGAUGAGCAAGUAGGAACCGGGCAUUCAGGGUCAUCCGCAAGUGGCACUCAACAUACACUUUCCUUCUCAUGGGAGGAAAAUAUAUGAAAUUCCCUUCACCCUUGGAAUCAGAAUGUUUUGUUGCUAAA